AUUUUGUUCCCCAAUAGUCUUGUAAGAGAAUCACGGUUUGAAUGGUAUUACUAUUAGAUGAAAACCUGAAAAAAGAAAUUUAAUUAAUAAGCAAAGUUAAAAACCUCAGUCUUUCUUGUCUCUCUAAUGGAAAUUCCAACACCUUCGAUGUUAAACGGACACGUGGUAGCUAUCCCAUAUCCAACUCGAGGACACAUAAACCCCAUGAUGAAUCUAUGCAAACACCUUGCAUCAUCAUCAGCUUCUCUUCUCAUCACCGUCGUCGUCACCCAAGAAUGGCUCGGCUUCAUCGGCUCCGACCCUAAGCCAAACAACAUUCACUUCGCAACUAUCUCAAACGACGUCGUUCCCCUCCAACAUCAGAUAAUUGCCGACAUACCUGCCUUCUUCCUUGCAACCAUCACCAACAUUGAAGCUCCUUUUGAAGAAAUGCUCAAUCGACUUCACCCUCCCGUCACCGCCAUCAUUGGAGAUCUGGAGUUGAAGUUUCCGGUCGCAGUUGCUCGCCGGAGAAAUAUCCCGGUUGCGUUGCUUUGGACUAUGUCAUCUUCGUUUUACCUCAUGAUGCACCGACUGGGUAGUUUUGCACUUAACCGGCGUUUAGAGGUUAAUCUUCUAGAUGACUAUGGAGAGCAUAUACAAGGAAUUUCUUCAUCCCAAUUAGCUGAUCUACGAGUAAUGCUUCAUCAAAAUGACUUGAGGUUUUUGCAACUUGGUUUAGAAUGCCUCUCAACAGUCCCAAAAGCAGAUUGUCUUAUAGUGAAUACAAUUCAAGAGUUAGAAGCUGAAGAAAUAAAAUCUUUAAAAACAUUGCUCAACUUUCCAAUCUAUCCCAUUGCAUUUCCUUACUUCAAACAUGAAACAAGUCACUCAGUGACAUAUAGUGAUUCCAAACCUGACUAUAUAAAUUGGCUAGAUUCUCAGCCAGCAAUGUCAGUGUUGUACAUUUCUCUAGGUAGUUUUCUUUCUGUGUCUCCUAACCAAAUGAAUGAAAUUGUUUCAGCAUUAAACACUAGUCAGAUACCUUACUUUUGGGUGGCUCUUGAAGAAGUUUCAUGGUUAAAAAACAAAUGUGGGGACAGUGGUUUUGUGGUGCCAUGGUGUGACCAAUUAAAGGUUUUGUCACAUCCUUCUAUAGGUGGAUUUUGGAGCCAUUGUGGUUGGAAUUCAACUCUUGAAGCUGUUUUUGCUGGUGUUCCAAUGCUCACAUUUCCUUUAUUCUUUGACCAAGUACCAAAUAGUAGGAAAAUUUUGGAAGUGUGGAGGAAUGGGUUGGAGUUGAAAAAAUCAGUGUUGGGAAGUGAGGAAUUGAUCACACAGGAACUAAUAUUGGAAGUUAUUAGGAAGUUAAUGGAUUAUGGAAGUGUAAAGGGUAAAGAAAUAAGGGAAAGGGCACAAGAAGUUAAGGGUAUAUGUGAUCAAGCAGUUGCAAAAGGCGGAUCCUCCAAUACGAACCUCAAUUUAUUCAUAGAAGACUUUUUGUGUGUUCAAGGUCAUUGAGCACAUGGAGCUCUUGCUUGCUUCUGUGACAAGUAUAAAAUAGGCAAAUAAAAAAAAGUGAUGUGUAUGUUUAUUCUAUUUAAUUGUGCUUAAAAUAGGCUGAUGAAAAUAGAAAUGUGAACAUUAUUAUCACAUUCUAUAAAUUGUUUAAAUGCUACCUCCAAAAUUGUGAUAAUAUCCUCCAUGUUCCUAUCUGAUACUAAAUUUAAUUAUUGAAAAGUCUA